ACGCGCUGCUUUAGUCACGGAGAGCCAGUGGGAUGUAGAUGGUUCUGUCUCCAGAACCCACCUGCUGACCUGCAGGGAUGGACGUUGGGAACCGUUUCUGUAGCUAAACCUGACGUAGCUGUUUCUCUGAUGGCACGGAGAUGUUCUGCAGCCGGUCGUCUCCAGAACCCACCGGGUUCUUCACAUCAUUUAAAGACAGGGCCGGCCGGCUGGCGUUGGGUAAAGACGGAGCAGAACUGAACACCAGCUGAGUGUGAGCCGUAGAUCAGCUCAUCGCUUCAUCACUUAGCCGUUCAUCAUUCAAGCAUCAAUUUAGGUAAAAACAAGAUUCUUUAGAACGGUUCCAUGAAGAAAAUCAGAUGAGACAUUAAAACACCAACUGAGGUCAGUUAUGGUCAGGUCUGACCUGAGAGCUUCCCUGGUCUCUUAACAUCUGCUGCCGGAUCAGAACCUCUGGGCUGGACCUUGGUUCUGUGGAACAGUCUGAAGGCACCAUGGAGGCUGAGGACCCGUCUCCUCUGCACCGCUUCGUUGUAGCGAAGCGCUCCAUCGGAUCCAUCUUCGACCAACUGCUGGAGUUUGUGAAGAACGGUUCUGCCUUUGUGGACGAGGCUGUGCACAGUGAGGAUCUGGGUCCGGUGGCUGUGGAGGAGCAGAGUCUGGAGAUGCAGAGCUGUGGAACCAAACUGUCCGCCAUCAGAGACGUUCUGCAACGCAGACACAUGAAGGUGGCCUUCUUCGGAAGGACGAGUAACGGGAAAAGCACCGUCAUCAACGCCAUGCUCAGGGACCGAGUUCUGCCCAGCGGCAUCGGACACACCACCAACUGUUUCCUGAGUGUGGAGGGAACCGACGGAGACGAGGCCUACCUGACCACCGAGGCGUCCGCCGAGAGGCGCAGCAUCUCUACGGUGAACCAGCUGGCUCACGCUCUGCACAUGGACCCGGCGCUGGACUCUGGCAGUCUGGUCCGAGUGUUCUGGCCCAAGAGUCGCUGCGCUCUUCUGAGAGAUGACCUGGUACUGAUGGACAGUCCAGGGACGGACGUCACCCUGGAGUUGGACAGCUGGAUCGAUAAGUUCUGUUUGGAUGCAGACGUGUUUGUUCUGGUGGGGAACGCCGAGUCGACGCUGAUGAACACGGAGAAACUUUUCUUCCACAAAGUCAGCGAACGGAUCUCCAAGCCGAACAUCUUCAUCCUUCACAACCGCUGGGACGCCUCGGUGACGGAGCCCGACUACAUCGACCAGGUGAGGAAGCAGCACACGGACCGCUGCGUGAGCUUCCUGUCCGAGGAGCUGCGGGUGGUUGGGCCCGGCGAGGCCGCUGGCAGAAUCUUCUUUGUCUCUGCCAAGGAGGUUCUGAGCUGCAGGACCCAGAGAGCACAGGGCAUGCCUGAGACAGGUGAGACAGGUGGCGCUCUGGCUGAAGGCUUCCAGGACCGGCUGAGGGAGUUCCAGCAGUUCGAGAGGGCGUUCGAGGAGUUCAUCUCGCGGUCGGCGGUGCGCACCAAGUUCGAGCAGCACACGGCGAGGGCCCGGCAGAUCACAGAGGCCGUCAGGGCGGUGAUGGACGCCAUCAACAUCGCGUCAGCUGACAGGAAGAUCUGCUGCCUGGAGGAGCGCGAGGAGCAGCGGGACCGGCUGGACUUUGUCCGCGGACAGAUGAGCCGUCUGAGCGACAGCGUGAGGGACCGGAUCAGAACCCUGACCCAUGACGUUGCUGCAAAGGUCUCCGCGGCGCUGUUGGACCAGAUCUACGCUCUUCCGGUUCUGGUGGAGGAGUUCAGAGCCGACUUCAACCCGACUCCAGAGAACCUGCAGCUCUACAAAGCUAAGCUGGUGCAGCACGUGGAGGAGCGGAUCGUCGGCUGUCUGGCUCAUCGCUGCUCCGUCGGCGUCCUCAGGGACAUGCAGGAGGCCCAGAGACACAUGACCGACAGCGUGCGUCCUCUGGUGUCUCUGUCUGUCCAGCAGCAGCUCUCUGCUCCGUCCUCCUCCUUCCAGAUGACCUAUGACCUCACCCUGCCGGCUCUCUGCGCAGACUUCAGGGAGAACAUCGACUUCCGCUUCUCUCUGGGAUGGACCGCCCUGGUCGCCCGCUUCCUGGGAGUCACCAGCGCCAAGCGGGCGUUGGGCGGCGGCGAGCGCGGCCUGCAGGAAGGACCCGCCUUCAGGAGCGAGGUGAUGGCUUCCAUCGCCACGGGCCUGGUCUCCGCCACCUCCAGGGCCUCCAUGGCGCUGCUGCUGAUCGGAGGCGUGGUGAGUCCCACAACCCGCAGGUACACAGGUGUGGCGUUCAGUGGGCUGGCGUGUCAUCGCCCUCUCCGUCUCUCUGUACGGUCUCCUCUACCUGUACGAGAGACUCACCUGGACGGACGCCAGCAAGGAGCGAGCCCUGAAGCAGCAGUUCAUGGACCACGCUGCCCACCGCCUCAGAGCCGUCGUCCCCGUCACCAGCUCCGCCUGCAGCCAGCAGGUGUACAAGGAGCUGACGGCGACCUUCAGCCGCCUGACGCAGAGGGUGGACCUGAGCGAGGCCGAGCUGGAGGGAAGCAUCCGGCUGCUGACCUUCAGGAUCCAGAACCUGGAGAAGAUCCAGAGGAGGUCCAAGGCCUUCAGGAACCGGGCCACGGACCUGGAGGCUCAGCUGGAGGCCUUCUCUGCUCGGUACCUGCAGGCCGACUGAAGCACGAGAGGUUCUGCGUUCUUCAGAGGGGACCCGUUUGGAUCCAUCUUCCAGAGGCCCGACCAGAACCAGAACCAGAGGUCCGACUCACUGGGACAGAACUGUUUCUGCUGAAAAGUUCUGGUGCUGGUUCUGGGCCCGGUUCUACAUCUCAGCUCGUGCUGAGGACUUCCGGCUGAACCGAUGGGUUCUGAUCAUUUUAGGAGAAAGUCAGAAUUUAUAGAGACGGGAUCACAGAGCCCGUUUCUGGACUGAUCCCCUGGUCAGGACCAGAACCUUCGGGUAAAGGUUCUGGUCCUGACCCAGGCCCUGCUCCUGUAAACGGUUCUCCAGACCUUCUGUGUUCUCUGGACUUUGGAUCCUCUUGGACCAGACAAACCCAGGUAUCAGGUCCAGAACCCGACCCAGGACCCAAAACAUCUCAGAACGGGUCAGUUUGUUGGUCCGGUCCUCAGUGUGCUGGAGAUAGCUUCCCGGACCAGAACUUCUGCAGGUUCCUGUGUAGAACAAUAAACAUGCUGAUUUUAAACCUCAUGGCUGGUUCUUUAAGCUCCGACCCGUAUGGACCCGUGUUGGCCUGACGGUGUUCUGACCCGGCAGAACCCCGUCCCUACAUGGGUCGUGCCCUAGAGCUUCCCCUCCUUAAUCUGGUUCUGUUCUGGUUCUGUUUGUGUGUCAGCGAUUGGAGAACCGGAACAUUGACGACGACACACGUCUGCACUG